AUGCGUUUAUCUUCGUUCACUGUCCUGUCCGCUGUGGCUGCAUUGGGCUAUGCCCUCCCGAGUGCUGUGCAGACUCGCGAUGUUCCCUCCGAUGAGCUGAGCCAGUUCAAGUUUUGGGUCCAGUAUGCUGCGGCAUCAUACUGCCAGACUGAUUAUACUGCUCAAGUCGGCACCAAGGUCAGCUGUACGACGGGCAACUGCCCUGAUGUUGAGGCAGCCGGUGCUACAAUCAUCUAUGACUUUUCCAAGUAUGCCAAUCGCACCUUUACGCAUAGUAUCAAUGCUUACACAUAUACCUCCAGCACCACUGCCACCGAUACAGCCGGCUAUAUCGCUGUAGACGACACCAACAAGGCCGUUGUAAUCGCCUUCCGCGGUUCUUACUCAGUGCGCAACUGGUUUGCCGACGCUUCAUUCCCCUAUGUCGACCCCGGUCUCUGCGGUGGCUGUUUCGCUGAGCUGGGCUUCUGGAGCUCCUGGACGAACGUCCGCGACGACGUAACCGCACAGCUCGAAGAUGCUCUGUCUCAGAACCAAGACUAUGAUCUGGUUAUUGUGGGCCACAGCCUCGGCGCUGCCGUUGCAACUCUCGCCGCCGCCGAUCUCCGUACCAAGGGUCACGAGUCAGCCAAGCUGUACGCCUUUGCCUCGCCCCGUGUGGCCAACCCUACCCUGGCGAAGUUCAUCACUGCGCAAAACAACAACUACCGCUUCACUCACCAGAACGACCCUGUUCCAAAGCUGCCUGUGAUUGCUAUGGGCUACGCUCAUGUCAGUCCGGAAUAUUGGAUCACAUCUGCUGAUAACACAACUGUCACCGCUUCUGACAUCGAUAUUGUUGAUGGUAUACUUAGCUUGGAUGGAAACACUGGAACUGGUGUGCCCUUGAUCUCGGACUUCCAUGCCCACCACUGGUACUUUGGGAAGACCGAUGAUUGCUUGAAUGAUGAUCUGCCUUUCAAGCGCUAA